GGAGAAAAUGUCUUGCGACGAAAUGCUUCGCGAUUAUGAAGAGGAGACACCAGUCUCUGUCAGUUCUGUCGUUCCUGUAGAGGAACGGCGUGACAAGUUCUCGUCAAUUCACAGCUCGGGGUUUCGAGAUUUGCUUCUGAAACCUGAGCUGCUUCAAGCCAUUAAAGACAGAGGUUUUGAACAUCCUUCACAAGUGCAACACGAAUGUAUACCACAAGCCGUUUUGUCCAUGGAUGUUCUCUGUCAGGCAAAGUCCGGAAUGGGAAAGACAGCGGUGUUUGUUAUAUCCACACUCCAGCAAAUUCAAGAGUCCAUCGACGAUGUUGUUGUCUUGGUCAUUGCCCACACACGGGAACUUGCAUACCAGAUUGCGCAUGAGUACCAGACCUUUUCAAAAUACAUGCCAGAAAUCAAAGUUGCCGUGUUUUUUGGCGGACUUCCAAUCAAGAGGGAUGAAGAGGUUCUCGCAAAGAACCGCCCAAACAUCGUCGUGGGAACGCCUGGUCGUCUGCUGGCUCUUGUUCAGAAGAAAAAGCUUACCCUGGACAAUCUCAGUUACUUCAUUGUAGACGAGUGUGAUCAAGUACUCAAAGAAAUCGUGAUGAGGAAGGAUGUACAGGCCAUAUUCAUACGAUCACCUUGCGCAAAACAAGUCAUGAUGUUUAGUGCCACUCUCAACAAGGAUCUGAGAACUGUGUGCAAGCGAUUUAUGAGUGACCCAGUGGAAAUUAUCAUCGACGACGAAUCAAAAUUGACACUCCAUGGACUGCAACAGUAUUACAUUCAAAUGGAGGAAAAUGAAAAAUCGCGCAAAAUCUGUGACUUGUUGGACCUGCUUGAAUUUAACCAGGUGAUCAUCUUCGUGAAUUCCAUCAGCCGAUGUCAGGCUUUGACCUCUCUUCUCCUGGAGCAGAAUUUUCCUGUUCUUACCAUACACAGGGCAAUGGAACAAACCGAAAGACUGUCCCGGUACCAACAGUUCAAAGACUUCCAGAAGAGAAUACUGGUGGCCACAAACCUGUUUGGUAGAGGGAUGGACAUUGAAAGAGUCAACAUUAUCAUCAACUACGACACACCUGAAGAAUCAGACACGUAUCUUCACAGGGUGGGUCGAGCUGGUCGAUUCGGGACGAAGGGUUUGGCCAUUACAUUUGUGUCAAACCGGUCAGAUGCAGAAGUAAUGAAUUCUGUGCAAGAGAGAUUCGAAGUCGGAAUAGAAAACAUGCCAACACAGAUCGAUGUAUCGUCAUACAUCGGUACUAGUGAAAAUGCUUGAACAUGACGACACGAGGAAGGUGAUCAUAUAGACAGAACAAAAAUGACUGUGUGGCUUUAGUACCAUAAGUAGUGUAAAUACUGGUACCAUGUACAUUUAUCAUUGCUAUACGUGUAUACAAUUAUAGUUAUUGUUGUUUAUCUGUUCAAUAAAAUGUAGAACAAAACUUAA